CUCUCUCUCUCUCUGCUGCCAACUGUGAGCACUCCAGAGCAAACAAAUGGGUGAGGAGAAAUAGAAAGAAAAUCUAUAGACAGACAAAUCAUUGAAGGGACGAGAGGGAGGGAGAGACGCACAAUGUGAGAAAUCCAUUCCAAUUGUAUUUAUGGUGUAAUAACCGAAUAAAGACACAUCGUGUACUCCAGCUAUAUGUAAGGGAACAUUUUUUCAACGUUUUCUCAGUUUUGACAACCUUUGAGAAAUAGACCAACUCCAGUGACAAUUGUUCAGUCUCACUGAUAAAGCAACAAAAACUUCAAGCUUCAGUGGAGGACAACCUUUUUCUACCAGCUUUGACCUCUGGUAUCUUCUGUAAACUUUGGAAUAUAACACACUUUUUAAAACUUAUUGAACAACUAGAUGUUUGGUUUGGAAUAACAGCCUCCCUUACCAUGUGUGCAGACAACUCCACCCUGUUGGAGGCGGUUCUCUACGGCCAUCCACCAUGCGAUGGCUGGACCAACAACACUGAGGGGGCCUUCUACCACCUGGGCAACACCGUCUUGUUCCUUGGGUACAUGGGAGGCAGCGGCGCCUAUGGCUGCCUGUUCAUAUUUGGUUUCCUGACGAUUGCCUUCACCUGCCUGGCCCUGUGGGGCUGGAUGACCAUGUGUGGGGUGGACGUGUGCACCUGGAACUUGCUACUGCUGGUUGCCUGUGUGCUCCAGAUCUGCCACCUCGUAUACGGGCUGCAACAGGAUGGCCUGGCCAGCGAGGAGCUGUUGGCACUCUACUCAGCCGUCUACCAGCCUCUGGACGUUCCCGUACAGGUGUUCAAAGACAUUGUGGGUGCCUGUGAGAACAAAGUGCUAGCACUAGGGGUAGAGGAGACGUAUGCGGUGGAGGGCAAGACGCCCAUUGACCAGCUCUCCUUUCUGCUGUCUGGGAGGAUCCGUGUGUCUCUGGAUGGACAGUUCCUCCAUUACAUCUUCCCCCACAAGUUCCUGGACUCUCCUGAGUGGGAGUCUCUCCGACCCAACGAAGAGGGGAACUUUCAGGUGACCCUGACAGCGGAGACGGACUGCCGCUACAUCUCAUGGCGUCGGUGCCGCCUUUACAUGCUUCUGUCCAAGGAGCGCUACAUUGCCCGCCUCUUCUCCAUCAUGCUGGGCAGCGACAUCGCCGACAAGCUCUACUCACUCAACGACAAGCUCUUCGCUAAGAGCGGCGUGCGCCUCGACAUCCGCUUGCCCAGCCUCUACCAUGUCCUGGCCCCCUCCUCCCUGGGCAGCGAGGGUGAGGUCUAUAGUGGUAGUGGGAGUGCCAGGGACCAGGUAGCCCCAGUGGAGCAGCAGGAAGCAGCAGUGGUGGAUGUGGACCCGGUUCCAGCCUACCAGAGGUCAGAGCCUCCAACACCCCUGACCCACCGGCUGCAGAUCCGAGAGAAGACCCCCACCCCAUCUCGGCCAACCCCCUGCCAACCAUCCCAGCGCCAGCCCUCAGACAUGGAGAUGCCAUCUGGUGAGGACUCUACCAGCCUGGUCCUGGAAGACUUUGCGGAUAUGACCGGGUCCUUAAUGGAUUAUGGGAGUGAGAGGGAUUAUUUGAGGUAGAUGGCAGGUUGCUGGAGCUAACACAGUGGGCCACUACUUAAGAUACAUUUGAUUCCACAGGAGAGGAAACCACUGGGAGUCUACCAAUGCGAUACCAGAGAGGGAGAGCUCCCUUGGCCCCCACGGACACCUCUAUGCUGUGAUGGUUUCAACCGGAUUGGAAACAGUGGACACGUUCCAGGUCUUUUUACAGUCAGGCUAUGCGGAUUAUCAGAUGUCACAACACCUGGCAAAGUGUUUAACAUCUCAGGAACCACAUUAAUAUCAUAUAGCAUUCUUCUGAGAUGAGCAGCGCGACUGCAAAAAAGAUGACCUGGAACACAACCAUCACUGCCCUGGGUGGAAUCAGACCUACCCAACACCAAAUCCCACUCUCUCACCUUACCUUACUUCCUCUGGUGUCAUCUGUCCGUGACAAUAUAGGAAAGAGUGAAACCCUGGACACUGAACAGAAUUAUGUUAUAUAACUGAAUUUAUUAGUUAAGGUCACAGACCUAUUUUUAUUAUGUCACUCACAUGUCUCCCAUUCAUCUGGAUGGAAAGCCUUUUGAUGUGGAUAUUGUGUUAGAUAGGAUUAUGAUUCAACAUUAAAGCAAUCAUGUGUAUUUUAUUUUUUAACAGCCGAGGUUGGGUUGGCUAGCUAGGGGCACGUUAAUCGUGUUUGUUUGUGCAGACAUAAUCUGAGAGAAUAAAGUUUGACAGACAGCAUGCUAGAAAGGGAUUUAUCUUCAUACUCACAUUUUCCAAAACAUGAUUCCAAAUUGAACAGGCAUUUGUUUAUGUGAAUGUGAGAUGUCUCACACAUUGUACAUUUAUUUAGUCAUUAACAUAGAACAAGAGUGUUAUGUUUUUGUUUAAAAAAAUGGGACUACAUAUACAUAUAUUUUCAUGGGGCCAAUGUUUCUUGAUAAAGCUCUUGGUGAAAAUGCA